AUGGUCAAUCAGAAAGAUCGAGUUUGUAUUCCUAAUGAUGAGGAGUUAAGGGGGAAACAAGAUGUACCAAGAUCUGAAAGAGCGUUUUUGGUGGCCAUACAUGAAAAGAACCGUGAUAGAGUUUGUGUCAAAGUGUCUUACUUAUCAAUAAGUGAAACUGAGCAUCAGGUGCCUUCGGGACUUUUGCAACCGAUUUAUAUUCCUCAAUGGAAGUUGGAAAGAGUUACGAUGGAUUUGGUAACUGGAUUACCUUUGACACCUGGCAAGAAGGAUUCAAUAUGGGUUGUUGUAGAUAGAUUGACUAAGACCACUCAUUUACUUCUGGUUCGAACGGAUUAUUCGAUGGAUAAGUAUGCAACUUUAUAUCUUAAGGAGAUAGUUUGA